CUAUUCUUCCCCCCUCCUACCAGUGAGUACCGUGUGUCGGGUGGUACAAGCCGGUUAGCAUGCCGCUCAGACGCGGAAUCUACUGCAAAUAAAUCCAGAUUGUUCAAACACAACGCCAAAUACCUGCAGUUGGAGCAAAGGCCUGGUUGCGCAGAAAUAUUGGCGCCGAGGAGGGAGCGAGUUGGUGGAAAGAGGGGUGCGUGGCGGUGGGAAGUGCUCUUCUAACCAAAUCCUCCAGAACAUGGCGGAGCACCACACCGCCUCCGACUGUAAGCACAAAGCGAGCUCCCACGCCGGAGGUUCGGUUUCGGGCAACGGACGGCCCAACUCCCCGGCUGGAUGCGGCGGCAGUGGCGGAGGCCUUUCCGGGGGACUGACGCAGCCGGCGGGAUGGCAGUCUUUGCUGUCGUUCACCAUUCUCUUUCUGGCCUGGUUGGCGGGGUUCAGCUCGCGACUUUUCGCAGUUAUUCGCUUCGAGAGCAUCAUUCACGAGUUUGACCCAUGGUUCAACUACAGAUCGACUCAUCAUCUCACAACUAAUGGCUUUUAUGAGUUUCUCAACUGGUUUGACGAGAGAGCCUGGUACCCACUGGGCAGAAUAGUGGGAGGGACAGUAUAUCCUGGUCUGAUGGUGACGGCGGGACUGAUCCACUACAUACUGAAUCUGCUUCAUGUGACGGUGCACAUACGUGAUGUCUGCGUGUUUCUGGCCCCCGUUUUCAGCGGCUUGACCUCAAUUUCUACCUUCCUGUUGACACGGGAGCUGUGGAACCAGGGUGCCGGCCUGCUGGCAGCAUGUUUCAUUGCCAUCGUACCAGGCUACAUAUCACGCUCUGUGGCCGGUUCGUUUGACAAUGAGGGCAUUGCCAUUUUUGCCUUGCAAUUUACCUACUACUUAUGGGUGAAGUCAGUGAAAACUGGCUCGGUCUUCUGGGCCAUUGGCUGCUGCCUCUCGUACUUUUACAUGGUGUCUGCGUGGGGAGGAUAUGUCUUCAUCAUCAACCUGAUUCCUCUCCAUGUUUUUGUGCUGCUCCUUAUGCAGCGCUUCAGCAGGAGGCUGUACAUCGCCUACAGCACAUUUUAUAUAGUGGGCUUGGUGCUGUCCAUGCAGAUCCCUUUUGUUGGCUUCCAGCCCAUCAGGACGAGUGAGCACAUGGCUGCUGCAGGUGUAUUUGCACUGCUUCAGGCUUACGCCUUUCUGCAGUAUCUGAAGGACAGACUGACCAGGCAGGAGUUCCAGACAUUGUUCUUUCUGGGCGUUUCUCUGGCUGCGGGGGUGGUUUUCCUUACUGUUAUUUACCUGACUUACACAGGGUACAUUGCUCCUUGGAGUGGGCGUUUUUACUCUCUCUGGGACACAGGAUAUGCGAAGAUCCACAUCCCUAUCAUCGCCUCUGUGUCAGAGCACCAGCCCACCACCUGGGUCUCCUUCUUCUUUGACCUGCACAUCCUGGUCUGCACCUUCCCAGCAGGCCUCUGGUUCUGCAUCAAGAACAUCAACGAUGAGCGAGUCUUUGUGGCUCUGUACGCCAUCAGCGCGGUGUACUUUGCUGGUGUGAUGGUGCGUCUGAUGCUGACGCUCACCCCAGUGGUGUGCAUGCUCUCAGCUAUCGCCUUCUCCAGUGUGUUUGAGCACUACCUGGGUGAUGACAUGAAGCGUGAGAACCCGCCGGCUGAGGACAGCAGUGAUGAGGACGACAAGAGGAAUCAGGGGAAUCUCUAUGAUAAGGCCGGCAAAGUCCGAAAGCAUGUGUCGGAACAGGACCGCCCAGAGGAGGGUUUGGGCCCCAACAUUAAAAGCAUCGUUACCAUGUUAAUGCUGAUGCUCUUGAUGAUGUUUGCGGUGCACUGCACGUGGGUCACCAGCAACGCCUACUCCAGUCCCAGCGUAGUGCUGGCGUCAUACAACCAUGAUGGAUCACGCAACAUUCUGGAUGAUUUCCGUGAAGCGUAUUACUGGCUCAGGCAGAAUACAGAUGAACAUGCUCGAGUCAUGUCCUGGUGGGACUACGGGUAUCAGAUCGCAGGAAUGGCCAACCGCACCACGCUGGUGGACAACAACACGUGGAAUAACAGCCACAUAGCACUGGUCGGUAAAGCCAUGUCCUCCAAUGAGAGUGCAGCCUAUGAGAUUAUGAAGUCCUUGGAUGUGGAUUACGUCCUGAUCAUUUUUGGGGGAGUGAUUGGAUAUUCAGGCGACGACAUAAACAAAUUCCUGUGGAUGGUGCGCAUUGCUGAGGGGGAGCACCCUAAAGAUAUCCGGGAAAGCGAUUACUUCACACCGCAGGGGGAGUUUCGAGUGGAUAAGGCCGGCUCUCCAACCCUGCUCAACUGCCUGAUGUACAAGAUGUCUUACUACCGCUUUGGCGAAAUGCAACUGGACUUCCGCACACCACCUGGAUUUGACCGGACACGAAAUGCAGAGAUUGGCAACAAGGACAUCCGUCUGAAGCACCUGGAGGAGGCGUUCACCUCCGAGCACUGGCUGGUGCGCAUCUACAGGGUGAAGAAGCAGGGGAACCGACAGGCUCUGGACCACAAGCUCCGCAACAUCGCAGCCAAGCAGAAGUACACCUCAAAAAAGACAGCCAAGAGGAAGAGGGGAUACAUCAAAAACAAAUUGGUUCUGAAGAAAGGCAAGAAACUGAACAAGAAGUCUGUUUAG